GCGAAGUGCACAGCCUGAGGGCAUUGCUGAGAGCACCCACCUGACUAGACCACCCCUUUCUAUAACUUCUAUUGGCUGGAACCUGCAAUCGAAGGAUCUUUGGAGACCCUCAAGCCACACAAUGGACCCAGUGACCUUUGAGGAUGUAGCUGUGAACUUCACGAUAGAGGAGUGGGCUUUGCUGAAACCAUCCCAAAAGAAGCUCUACAGAGAUGUGAUGUGGGAAACAUUCAAGAAUAUGACUGUUAUAGGAAGAACCUGGGAUAACCAGCAAAUUGAACAAACAUACAAAAAUUGCUCAAGGAAUCUAAGAAAUGAAGAAGUAGUAAAAUGCCAUCAAUAUAAAGCUUGGAAACAACAGGAAGAAAUAUUCCUUUGGACUCCAGAUGCUAAUAGGGACAGGCAACAAGCUCCUUUACCUGAAAGCCUUGCUUGUAAAGAGCCCCUGAUUGGGCAUUUGACCCUAAAUGUGCCCAUUAUAGCUCACACUGGACUGAAGUCAGAUGACUAUUUGGGAUUUGAGGAGAAGCUAUAUAAAUGUAAUGAUCAUGGAAAAACCUGCAGUGAUUUCCAGUCCUUUCAGAAGCAUACAAGGACAAAGACUGGAGAGAAACCCUAUCAAUAUGAGCAAUGUGCAAAAGCUUACUCUGAUCUUAGUGAAAGACCUCAACCUGGAGAGAAAACCUCUGUAGGUAAGAAAAAUGUGAAAGCCUCCAGCACACCCAGUGGUGUUCAAAUCCAUGAAGGAAAGCACAGUGGGGAGAACCCAUAUGUAUGCAAACAAUGUGGGAAAGCUUUUUUUUCUUCAUACCAUAUUCAAGUACAUGAAAGAAAACAUACUGGAGAGAAGACCUAUGUAUCUAAGGAAUGUGUGAAAGCAUUAGCUCAUAAUAAUUCCUUUCAUAGACCUAAAAGUAUUCAGACUGGGGUGAAACCCUAUGUAUGCAAGCAGUCUGGGAGAGCAUUCACUGCACAUAGUUACUGUAAAAUACAUGAAAGAAGUCACAUUGGGGAAAAACCUUAUGUAUGUAAGCAAUGUGGAAAAGCAUUCAUUACACAGAGAGCUUAUAAAACACAUGAACGUAAUCAUACAAGUGAGAUAUGCUAUGUGUGUAAGCAAUGUGGAAAAGAAUUCACUCAUAAGUCCACAUAUCAUAGACAUACAAGGUCACACACUGGUGAGAAACCCUAUGUAUGUAAGCAUUGUGGAAAAGCAUUCCGCACACACAGUCACUGUCAAAGACAUGAAAGAAUUCACACUGGGGAGAGACCCUAUGUAUGCAAACAAUGUGGGAAAGCAUUCAUUACACACAAUCAUUUUCAAAUACAUGAAAGAACUCACACUGGGGAGAAACCCUAUGUAUGUAAGCAGUGUGGGAAAUCUUUCAGUCAACGGACUAAUUGUCAUAUACAUGAAAGAAUUCACACUGGGGAGAAACCAUAUGUAUGUCAGCAAUGUGGAAAAGGAUUUGCUGUUAAGUCCACAUUUCGUAGACAUGGAAGGUCCCACACUGGUGAGAAGCCUUAUGUAUGUCAGCAGUGUGGGAAAGCAUUCAGCACACUCAGUCAGUGUCGAAUACAUGAAAGUAUUCACACUGGAGAGAAACCCUAUGUAUGUAAACAAUGUGGGAAAGGUAUUUUUGAAUUUCAUGUUUAUAUUAUAUUUGAUGGAGAGAGAGGCUUGUAA